AUGGAGCCAAUCAGGUCCAAUCAAGGGGCGGAGACGCCCAGGGCUCCACUCUGCGGGGAUGGAGGCAGAAAAAAGCAAAUCCUGAGCCUCGUCCAACGAAAACCAAUCGCAAGCCAGACACAGGCGAGUGACUGUCAAGAAGGCCAAUUAGACCCUCCCAAGGGAACCUGGCCCGGCCUCUUCUCUGAGGGACGGCUCUACCAACCAAUAGUAUGGGCGAGAAGACGGCCCCCUUCGCUGAGGAGGAGGCGGGUAAAGCGGAGCUGCCCUUCAUGUGGCCCUUCAGAACCUGGCGGUGAAGAGAAGAAGGGGCGAGGAAACCCUGUUUCUGUUCAGCUGUUCCCCCCAGAGCUGGUGGAGCACAUCGUCUCAUUCCUCCCAGUCAGAGAUGUGGUCGCUCUCGGCCAGACCUGCCACUACUUCCACCAAGUGUGCGAUGCCGAGGGCGUGUGGAGACGCAUCUGUCACCGGCUCAGUCCUCGUCUUCGAGAGCAGGGUUCUGGGGUCCGACCCUGGAAGAGAGCUGCCAUUCUGAACUACACAAAGGGCCUGUAUUUCCAGGCAUUUGGGGGCCGCCGCCGCUGUCUCAGCAAGAGUGUAGCUCCCCAGCUAGCCCAUGGCUACCGCCGCUUCCUGCCCACCAAAGACCACGUCUUCAUUCUUGACUACGCAGGGACCCUCUUCUUCCUCAAAAAUGCCCUGGUCUCCUCCACCCUUGGCCAGAUCCAGUGGAAGCGGGCUUGCCGCUAUGUUGUAUUGUGUCGUGGAGCCAAGGAUUUCGCCUCAGACCCGAGAUGUGACACAGUGUACCGCAAAUACCUCUACGUGUUAGCCACUCGGGAGCAGCCGGGAGUGGUGGGCACGACCAGCAGCCAGGCCUGCGACUGUGUCGAGGUCUACCUGCAGUCCAGCGGGCAGCGGGUCUUCAAGAUGACCUUCCACCACUCCAUGAGCUUUAAGCAGAUUGUGCUGGUUGGUCAGGAGACGCAGCGGGCCCUGCUGCUCCUCACAGAGGAAGGAAAGAUCUACUCUUUGGUCGUGAAUGAGACCCAGCUGGAUCAACCACGCUCCUACACGGUUCAGCUGGCCCUGAGAAAGGUGUCCCGUUGCCUUCCUCACCUGCGUGUGGCUUGCAUGGCUUCCAACCAGAGCAGUACUCUCUACAUCACAGACCAGGGGGGAGUGUAUUUUGAGGUGCAUACCCCAGGGGUGUAUCGUGAUCUCUUUGGGACCCUUCAAGCCUUUGACCCCCUGGACCAGCAGAUGCCGCUUGCACUCUCACUGCCUGCCAAGAUCCUAUUCUGUGCUCUUGGCUACAAUCACCUUGGCCUGGUGGAUGAAUUUGGCCGAAUCUUUAUGCAGGGAAAUAACAGAUAUGGGCAGCUGGGAACAGGGGACAAAAUGGACAGAGGGGAACCCACACAGGUACAUUAUCUGCAGCGCCCCAUCGCCCUGUGGUGUGGCCUCAACCACUCCCUGGUGCUGAGCCAGGGCUCGGACUUCAGCAAGGAGCUGCUGGGCUGUGGCUGCGGGGCCGGGGGCCGCCUCCCCGGCUGGCCGAAGGGCAGCGCCUCUUUCGUCAAGCUCCACAUCAAGGUCCCUUUGUGCGCCUGCUCUCUCUGCUCCACCAGAGAGUGCCUCUACAUGCUGUCCAGCCAUGACAUUGAGCACCACCCAGCCUACCGGGACCUACCAGCCAGCAAGGCAGUGGGGACCCCUGAGCCCAGCCUGGGGGCUGGAGCACCCCAGGACCCUGGUGGGGUGGCCUGGGCCUGUGAGGAGUACCUCAGCCAGAUCCACAACUGCCCCACACUGCAGGACCGCAUGGAGAAGAUGAAGGAGAUUGUCGGCUGGAUGCCCUUGAUGGCCGCACAGAAGGAUUUCUUUUGGGAGGCGCUGGAUAUGCUGCAGAGGGCUGCUGGAGGGGCUGGCCAAGGCCCCCCACCCCCUGAAAGCUGA